UUGUUACUGAGUCAAACAUAAAGAUAAGAUGUGUAGCAAUAUUGUGAAAAUAUAAUAAAAUAUUAACUUCGUGUAACAAUAAUAAAACUCUGUUGUGUUAGAUUGUUGGAGAAUGAUUUAAGAAAAUGUUUUGAGUUAGUAGAGCUUAGUUUACAUAAAAAAACUGGUAUCAUUAAUAAAAAAUGUGGUGCAAAUAUGGCCACUCUCACUUUGAUUGAAGAUGAAGUUGUUAAAACCUUUGUGGGUGUUGCGACAUAGCAGGAGAAAGAAGCUAGGCUGUUCAGUCAGCACCUGGUCUCCUCUAGCUACUGCAUUCAACACUAGACCUAGUACAAGACCUAUUUUUGAUUCUUUGAGGGAGAGGACUGGCUUAUUUAACAAACCAGAGUUAACAAGCUUUGAAGGUUUCCAUGCUCUCAAAGAGCAGGCAAUAUCUGCCACUGAUUGUCUUAUCGAAGAGGCUACUUCGAACCCCACGCGGCCGAUGGUGGAGAUAUUUGACGAGCUCUCCGACACAUUGUGCAAGGUCGCUGAUCUGGCGGAGUUUGUGAGGAUCGCCCAUCCGCAGUCGCAUUUCGCGAGUGCUGCCGAGGAGGCGUGUAUCAGUGUUAGUGGUGUUGUUGAGAAACUGAACACCCACAAAGGACUAUACGAAGCGUUACGAGACUCAGUGGCACGUGGCACUUCUGGUGAUCGCCAUUUAGCAGAGCUGUUCCUGUUCGACUUUGAGCAGAGCGGCAUACAACUUGAAGAGGGGAAGCGGCGACGUGUGGUAGCUCUCAAUGACGUCAUCCUGCAGACGGGACAGAGGUUCAUGGCGGGCGCGGCAAGACCUCGGAGGGUGUCCAGGAGUGCCGUGCCGCAGAAUGUUAGGCAGUUUUUCAGCACAGAAGGCGACAACAUAAUUGUGAGCGGCGUGUACGCGGAGUGCGCGGAGGCGGCGGCGCGCGAGGCCGCCUACAGACUAUACCUGGCACCAGACAAGAUGCAGGACCAGCUACUUACCACCACACUCGACGCACGACACGAGAUGGCCUCGGUUUGCGGGUUCCGGAGUUAUGCUGACAGAGCAAUCAAAGCUAGCACAAUGGAAACAGCUCCCAAUGUCCGACAGUUCCUAGACAUUCUCUCAGAUCACCUUCAUGACCGAGCUCAAUGCGAUUUCGACGCCAUGCUCAAAAUGAAGAAGCAAGAGACACCAUAUCUGGAUAAACUUAUGUGCUGGGACACACCCUACUUCACGCACAAAGCUAAAACACAGCUGUUGAAUGUUGCCAACUCGGAUUUCAGCCCCUAUUUCUCUUUAGGCGGGUGCAUGGAAGGUCUAAAUAUGCUUUGCCAAGAAUUGUACGGUAUCUCUUUAAAGUCUGAGGAUAUGUUGCCAGGUGAAUCAUGGUCACCGGAUGUGUAUAAAUUAGCAGUUGUCCACGAGACUGAAGGACUAUUGGGACACAUAUACUGCGAUCUGUACGAGAGACCCGGCAAGCCGCACCAGGACUGUCACUUCACUAUACAGGGUGGCAAGCUAUUACCCGACGGCACUUACCAGAAUCCGAUCGUGGUGAUAAUGUUGUCGCUGAGCGGCGGGCACCGGUCGGGCCCGGCGCUGCUGUCGGCGGGCGCGGUGGACAACCUGUUCCACGAGGCGGGGCACGCGCUGCACUCCAUGCUGGGCCGCGCGCGCCACCAGCACGUGGCGGGCACGCGCUGCGCCACCGACCUCGCCGAGGUGCCCAGCGUGCUCAUGGAGUGCUUCACCAGCAGCCCGCAGGUCAUCCGUCGUUUUGCUCGUCAUUUCCAAACGCGUGAGCCCAUGCCCGAAGACAUGAUACAUAGACUGUGCGCUUCCAAAUAUCUAUUUGGUGCCAGUGAAAUGCAACUGCAGGUAUUCUACUCAGCCCUGGAUCAACAUUACCACGGACCGGGCGCGUCGUUCGGCGGCCGCACCACUGAAGUGUUGCAAGAAGUGCAGAAAAACUACUAUGGACUGCCUUAUGUUGAAAAUACUGCAUGGCAACACCGCUUCAGCCACUUGAUAGGCUACGGCGCCAAGUACUACUCGUAUCUUAUAUCGCGCGGCAUCGCUUGGAGUGUUUGGAAGAAGCACUUUGAUAGCGACCCUCUGUCGCGCUCCGCCGGGGAAGGGUUACGCAAUGGGCUGCUGAGGCACGGAGGAGCUGUUCCUCCUCAGAUCUUACUACGCGAGUAUCUAGAUACGGAGAUAACGCCGGAAGCACUCGCCAACGCGUUGGCCGAAGAGCUAGACUACCGCAAGGACCAUCUCGACACUGUGUUCAAGAUUGCAGACAAAUGAAACAGCAAUAGUAUUGGGAUGAAAGAGAUGGGUGGUGGAGUGAAUAGACGCGAAGUCACAAAUUAGAAUCAUAGAUAUUGAGACGGAAUCAGACGGUUAGGUUUUCCUUAAUUUUUAACCGACUUCAAAAAGAAGGUUCUUAAUUCGAUAAAAAAAAAUUGUAGAAUCGAAUUAAGUAUCGAAUGAAAACGUGUAUGAGUCGAUAUCAUUCGAAUGAAUUAAUAGUGUAUGUGAAUAUGAAAUGAUUAUUAGGGUCUUCCAACUCAUCUUUUGUGGUAUGAUGUGAAUAUUUUGCAUCUACAUGUAAAAUUAAUUAAUGAUAAUCUGUGCUCGAAUCAAUUGUUUUGAAUGGUCUGAUUCUGUUGAAUUAACUACUUUAUUUUCUUAUUGCAAUACUUGUAAGUAGGUAUAGAUAACUUCUACUAGUUGCCGUGGAUACAGUGAUUAGCUCUUACAUAUCACAAAACGCACGUGUCUAGCGAAUCUUGCAUGCAGUAGUCGUAUCUGUCUACCCUAUCGCAGAAACAGGCGUGAGCUUACUUUGGAAUACAACAAAGAUCUAUUUUUAAGGCGUUUUUGUAAUAGAUUAUUCUAAUUUCUUACUAAACCAGUGUUGUAACUCUUAUUGGACUAGAAUCUAGCUUCAAUAGCUGUUAGAUUUAGAACAUGUUAUUGUAAAAGUCGGUAUUUAUCGGAGGGGUUGUAGCUUAAGUACAAUAAGUUUUAGUUUUGAUGUAUUGGAGGUGUGGUAUUGUCCGCUAUAAAAGGCGGACAAUUUAUAGAUGUAACGUAAACGUCGGCACAUUAUACAUAAAAUUAUAAUUAAAAGGGUAAGUUUAUAUAUAUAUUUUAGAUUUUUUAGAAUGACGCUCGUUUUGACUAUCGUUUCUUAUUUUAAGAGGAUUCCUAAGAGGCCAUUAUUUUUGGCGUGACUUCGACGAUUUUGUCAUAGCAGCGUCGGUGGCGUGUGUUUAGAUAUAGGGUGCUCUUAAAUUAUAGAACGAGGUUAAAAACGAGCAUUAGACUCAUUAGAUAUGUUAAGACUGUAGUCUGUUCACUAAAGUGGAGUAAGCUGAGCUGUGUGCUUAGAAAGUUAAAAAAAAAUACGACGCAACUCCGUGUCGUUUUAUGAUUGGUUGAGAGACUAACACGUGACAGACCCUCGACCAAUCACAAACAUUAAAAGACUUCGAGUUUCGAGUCACAUGUUUUGGGACAUUCUAAGCGGGCUGAGCUAUAAGGUUUAGAUUAGCAAGAACACUGCAGUCUCUUAGCGAUUUUUAAUGUGCAUCACGGCAAGCCGACUUCUGCUUAUAUUGAAGAUAAACUUGCGGCAUAUGGCACGUGUAUAUCAGUGAAAAGCUGAUUGAUAUAAGCGCCAUUUUUUUCGAAAUUUUUUAACUAGGUUAAAAAACAUAGAAAGUGCUGAUCUUAAAUAUGUAUGAAACUUAGUGUCACAAAAAAUGUCGUUUAAGUCAAUUAGUCUUUCAACCGUCGAUAUAAUUAUUGGAAUGUUGCUGUUACUGUGAACACAUCAGGAAGUUCUUAAUAUAUUGAUGCGAUAUUUUGCUAGUCUAGACUUAGCUUAAGUAGGAUGGAGAUGUCCAUUAGUAGAAUCGUAGUUUCUUUUAUACAAUUUUUCAGCGCCCUGCUCAGUAGCUCUAUUUUGAACAGGUGCGAUUGAAUUAAAAUGUUAUAUAUAUUUUAAUCUUGUAGUUAAAAGAACCGCUCUUUAUUUUCAAAUAGCGUUCAACAAAUGCUUUUAGGUAUGUUUUUGGAGUACUUAAUUAAAUUACGUGAUGGAUGUCGAUGGUAUCAUCCCUAGGAUUUUUGUUUUUUUAUAUUGUCUGAGAAAUGACGCGCGGUUGGUAGCAUAAUAAGUUAGUUUAUAGUAUUAGUAGUGUAGCAGUAUUGUCUGUUUUCAUUAUAUUGACUUAGAAUUCGAGGUAAAUUGCGGAUAUAUGUAGCAAUAGUAGAUUUGGUUAAUUGUAAAUAAUGUAUAUUGAAAUGUAAAUUAUUUUGUUUCGAAUAAAUGAAUGGUUUGAUUCUUAUUAUUUAUUUUUAUUGUGAUUCACUAUUCACGCUUUUAUUGUGUCAAGAGCGGCAGUGGUACAAGUGUAGUGUUUUAUUAAUUUUAAUUAUUUUGGCAAUUCUCUUGUACACCAAAUAUGCCACUGCCUUCUUCGGUGUUACCAACUUUAAAAUGUUCGCUAGCUAUUUCUUGUCACAUACAGUGCGGGUAGUUCCAAAAAAUUAUGUUUUGUCAUUGACUUAAUUUCUGUUCAAGCGCUUAGAUCAAUUUUUGUCAAUGUAUAUAUUUUGAUGUCCUAUAUUGCAAAUGAAAAUAUGUUUUAUCAAUGUCUUGAUUCAAAAAAAUCUUUUAUACGGUGUAGUUGAAAAAUAAAAUGUCAGAAA